UCAGCACCAACCUCAGUUACAGCCUCGUACCGACGCAGCUCUCCCGGUCGGACUGGCGCUUUAAUGUUUUUUUUUUUUAUUAUUUGAGAUCAAAUUUGAGCUCCUCUGUUAACUAAACUGCAAUGUCCGCCUCUCGUACUGUGAUAUGUUUGCUAAGAACCGACCUGCGCCUUCACGACAACGAGCUCUUCCACUGGGCUCAGAGAAACGCGGAGCACAUCGUCCCUCUGUACUGCUUCGACCCGAGACAUUAUGUGGGAACGUACAACUUCAACAUGCCAAAGACGGGGCCUUUCCGACUGCGCUUCCUGCUAGAGAGCCUCCGAGACCUCAGAGCCACGCUGCUCACCAAGGGCAGCAAUCUGGUGGUGAGGAAGGGUAAGCCGGAGGAGGUGGUCGCUGACCUCAUCAAGCAGCUCGGCUCCGUUAGCAGUGUGGCUUUCCAUGAAGAGGUUGCUUCAGAAGAGCUGACCGUGGAGAAAAAGCUGAAGGAGGUCUGUGCCCAGCUGAAGGUGAAAGUUCACACCUGUUGGGGCUCCACGCUCUACCACAGAGAAGAUCUGCCCUUUCCCCACAUAUCCAGGCUGCCCGACGUGUACACAGAGUUCAGAAAGGCGGUGGAGAGCCAGAGCCGGGUGAGGCCCACGCUGCCCACCCCCGAGAGGCUGAGUCCACUUCCCCCGGGGCUGGAGGAAGGAGCUAUCCCCACGGCGGAGGACCUGCAGCAGACUGAGCCUGCGAGUGACCCUCGCUCAGCUUUCCCCUGCUCCGGUGGGGAAAGUGCCGCCCUGGCCAGACUCAAACACUAUUUCUGGGACACCGACGCUGUGGCGACUUACAAAGAGACUCGUAACGGCUUGAUCGGGGUGGAUUACUCCACGAAGUUUUCCCCGUGGCUGGCUCUGGGAUGCGUCUCUCCGAGGUACAUUUACCAUCAGGUCAAAAAGUACGAGAGGGAGCGGACAGCCAACCAGAGCACCUACUGGGUCAUAUUUGAACUUUUGUGGAGGGACUACUUCAAGUUCGUCGGCAUUAAAUACGGAAACAAAAUGUUUCAGGUCAAAGGACUCCAAGGAAAGUCUGUUCCAUGGAAGAUGGACACCAAGCUGUUUGACGCGUGGAAAGAGGGCCGCACGGGGGUGCCCUUCGUGGACGCCAACAUGAGAGAGCUGGCGCAGACAGGGUUCAUGUCCAACAGGGGGCGCCAAAACGUGGCAAGCUUCCUCACGAAGGAUCUGGGCCUAGACUGGAGACUGGGAGCCGAGUGGUUUGAAUAUCUGCUGAUUGAUCAUGAUGUCUGCAGCAAUUACGGGAACUGGCUUUACAGCGCUGGUAUAGGAAAUGACCCCAGAGAGAACAGGAAGUUCAACAUGAUCAAACAAGCCCUUGACUACGACAGCAACGGGGAGUACGUGCGCCGGUGGGUCCCAGAGUUGGGCUCCAUCAGAGGGGCAGACGUGCACACGCCCUGGAACCUGAGCUCGGCUGCACUGUCGAACGCCGGCGUGUCGCUCGGCGAGACGUACCCAAGCCCUGUGGUCACUGCGCCUGAGUGGAGCCGACACUUCAGCAAGAAACCGAGCGGCGCAGGACCAUCGACAAGAGGAAAGAAAGGCCCGUCUCACACUCCCAAGCAGCAUCGAGACAGAGGCAUCGACUUCUAUUUCUCCAGGAGUAAAGACCUGUGAGGCAUCUCGCUGCAGACUCCUGAGGCGGAGGCUCCUGAGGUGUAAAUUCUGAGUCUAUGUGCAGAUCGGGUGUCGCACACGGCGUAAAUGUUCACACGGCUAAAAACAGAAGUUUCUUUUCUACUGAAAGCUGAACUGAAACUUGCAAUGCCUUGCAAAGGUAUUCAUACCUCUCAAACUUGAUCUCAUCAAUGUAUUUUAUUAAGAUUUUAUAUGACAGACCAACACAUAGAUAACAUGUUUUUUUUUUUUUGGUUUUAUUAUUUUUUUUUUUAAAGGGAAAUAUUAAAAAUGUGGUGUGCGUUUAUAUUUAUUUGGCCUUCUUCAUGUAGACAAUCUUCAAAAAAAAAAGGUAAUUUCCUUCAGAGGCAAAUAAAACAUGGCCGUCCAUCUAAACUGACUGCCUUGAGGAGGAGAGUGUUAAUCAGAGAAGCAUAAUGUCUAUGGUAAGUCUGGUGGAGCUGCAGAAAAAAACACCCCUCAGGUGGGAGAAGUUAACAGAACUGUCGUUUACUGUACAUAUCUAGUCUUUGUUAUGCCUUUGUUGUCUUUAUUUAGUCUUAUUUUAUGUCUUAAGCUGUAAGAAAGCUGCUGUUGAAAGCCAAAACAAGUCUCAUGUGCAGUUUCCCACAAGCCAACCUUUUUGGCUUGCAUGGAAGACCCUGAGGGUGGAGGAACAUGGUGGUGGCAUCAUGUCCGAGGAAUGCUUUACUUCAGCUGGGAUUUUUGGGAUGGGAAGGUGGAUGUAGCCAAACACAGAGCAGUCCUACAAAACAGCCUGCUGAAAACUGUCCUAGGUACGAGGUUUGACUUCCACUAAGGCACUGGCCCCAAACAAACACGCAGAACAACAGUGGAGUGGUUUCAAUCAAAGCGAGUUAACGCGUUAGAAAGACCCAAUCAAAGUCCAGAUUAAAAAACUUAUUUGAAAGUAGACUGCCUGACUGCGCUUGAGCAAUGCGGUAGAGUAGCAGAAUGUGCAACAAUUUUAGUCUUUAGAUAUGAAAAGCUGAUUGAGAGGCAACCGAGUACCUGCAGCUGCAAUUGUAGCGCAACAAUUUUUUUUUUUUUUAGGGGAUUCCUGAAUAAAAUUGCAUGCCACACUUUUCAGAUUUGCAUAGACUUUGGAAACCAUGGCAUUAUUUUAUUUUCAGUUAACUGCGUGCUCCUUUUUUGUUGCUCCAUCACACAGAAUGCACAGAUGUUCGAGGUUGUAACGCGACAAAGGGCAACAGUUGAAGGGGCCUGGAUAGAUUUGCGUGAUGCAUCAUGUGCCACACGUUGCACCUUUUUGCUGCUCAUUUUCUCUUUUUCUUACUGUUUUCCUCUUGCCUUUGACUGUUACAGCCAGGAGAACAUGCAACAUGGAUCUUUUUUUUUUUUUAAGCAACAUGACUUAUUUGAUGCUGUAA